AUGGUGCUCCUGACCGGGGAUGGGAAGGGGGGCGGGGAGAGCCGGGGUCCCAUAGCAGGGAAGCUGUUGCAACUGCCUCCCUCGGAGCAAGGACCGGGAGCUGAAGCGGAGAAGAAUCUAGGCGGCGGCGGCAACCACACCACCAGCCCCCUCAUCACGCGAGCCGAGCAGUCAGGAAGAGGAGAGGCGGAGGGCGACGAAGGCGACUAUGAGGAGUACGAGGACUUCUCGGAGCUGCCGGACACGCGCAGCAUCGCUUCCGACGACUCCUUCUACCCCCCGCUGGCCGACCACGACGACGACGAGGACGACUGGUCGCUGGGCGAGUCGGACCCUUCCGACAGCCCGGAGCCGCUCACCCUCUUCCGAGCCUGCUGCACCAACAAUGUCCUCGCCCUGCGGGCGCUCAUUCGCCAAGGAAUAGAGGACGACGAGGCGAAGGAGACCGACCGCAACAAGCGGACUGGCCUUAUUGUUGCCUGUUACCAGGGUUUUGUGGACAUUGUAAUAGCCUUAGCACAAUGCCCUCAUAUUGAUGUAAACUGGCAGGACAAUGAAGGGAACACGGCUCUAAUUACAGCUGCCCAGGCAGGACACAUUACUAUUACACAAUAUUUACUCAACUAUUAUCCUGGCCUUGAUAUUGAGAAAAGGAAUGUUUUUGGCUUUACUGCACUCAUGAAGUCUGCAAUGCAAGGACGAACUGAAUGUGUCAGAGCCUUAAUGCUGGCAGGUGCAAAUAUUCAUGCAACAGACCCAGGCCGUGGGUUCACUCCUUGGGAAUGGGCAUGUUUCACAGGAAGAAUAGAAUCUGCCUAUCUUAUGCAGAAAUUAAUGGACAAGCCAUGUGCUGAACAAUUUUGUAACAACUAUGAGUUAGAAUGGCCAAAGAUGAAGGAACUUCUUGUCAAGGCUACAGAGCCAAAAAGCUGUUUGCAGAGGAUCUCAGAAGGCGUGAGAUCAGUAAUGACUUUUGGAGCUUUCCAUGGCCCUGAAGAGGAUGGUGUUCUUGAUCACAUGGUAAGGGUGACAACAAGUCUAAGGAGCAAUUUUGUUGCCAUAGCUUGCAGGACUGUGUGCCCUGGAAGUCCCCCUGGGAUUGGAAAACACAGGCCUGCUGUGCAGGAAAUCAUUAGGAAACAAAGAGCCCAGGAAAUUCGAUCUUUGGAGGACAGAGAUCAUUUCAACAGCUAUGAGAAGCUAUUUCAGAACUCCAGAGUUAUGUUAGUUUCCAAAAAGAAGGAGCGGCGAGCCAGCCUACAGCCCUUCAGCCUAAACGUACCUCAGGUGAGCAUUGUGGUUCCAAGGAAAUCUAGCCUCUUGCCACUGCACUUGCUGAGAAGGAGCAGCGUGCGCCCAGGGUUUGUAAUCCCCAAGGUCCGUGUCAACAAGGCACCUCCACCUACCUUCCAGCCAGAGAAAGUAAGGCGAAAAAGCAGUGCCAGUGAUGGGACCUACCUGGAGAUUCCCAAAUGGAGGUAUAAAGAGUUGAAGGAAGAAAGGAAGAAGGCGGAGGAAGAAGAAAAGAAAAAAGCAGAAUCAGCCCAGAAACAAGGAUCUCCCCAGAGAAACAGAACUUGAGACUAGAAAUCAUGACAGUGGCACUGCGGUCAGCACUCAAGGCAAUGUGCUGUAUGAGGGCUGUUGAGUGACAGAAGUUAAGAAAGAGAAAAUCAAACCAAAGGCAACAUUCUAGAAAACACCACUCAUGAAAGGGUCGAUUAAAAUAUGUAAGGGAAAAUGGGGAAUAUGUGAGCAGUUUUUGAACAUGGAAAAGGUGGGUUUUCAUGACGGAGAACGAUUGUCAUCUUAAAGAUAGGACAGGGGAAAUGGAAUUAAGCUACAGGAACAGAAGAGUAGCCGAAAUCUGGGGGGACAUUUUUCUAACAAUAAAGGGGAAAUUGGCAAUGGAGUAUAUUUGUAAGGGAAUCUGUACUGUUGCCCUAACGGGAAGAGGUUUUUUUAAUAGAUUACAUAAACAAUCAGGAAAUGUGGAAAACAAUAGCCUAUACAUAUUGUAUGUGUACGAUUCCCCCCACCCCAACUCAGUUAAAAUAAAGAUCUUUAGCUUUCUGCCUGCAUAUAAGAAAUUAUGAAUAUUGCAGAAAAAUUUGCAAAAAUCUCAGGGCAUUUUGCAGAGGACUACAAGUUUGUGAUCUGUAUCAUAUGGAUGAAUGAGACAUUAUGGUUGUUAACUAAAACACAAAAUGUGAAAGAAGGUGCAGAUUGGGCUAAUUCCACAGCAAACUGCAAUAUUCUUAUGACUUCUAUUAUCCCCCCCCCCCCAAUUUUAGGUGUUAUCACUUUUGAAUCCUAGCCUCAUCAAGAAGCUCAGGACAGAAUUCCACGAGGUUAUCUCAUGUUAUGCUUAUAGCAACUUUGUAAGGUUGGUGAGAGGCAGAGAGACAGUGAAGCUAUGCUCACAACCAGAAGAAAUCGGGCUACGGGAGCCUAGCCCAAUUUCUCCUGGUUGUCUGCUGCUAUGGGAGC